GUGCGCAGUUAGAUUGCAGGUCUGUUACCCGUGAUUUGGGUGUGCUUUGUCGUGUUGCUAACUUCGUCGUUAUUUAAAAUGUGAUACUCCAUUCGUUUUCUCGCAGCUGCCCUUGUUUUCAUCACAUUUUAUGAUUGAUAGCGUUUAAAAAUUUGGACGUGAAGCACGCAGAUGAGACCUUUGUAGCUGAUAGUUCGGGAGGUGUGACUAAUGCUGACGGCUUGAAUAAACUUGGGUUGUUGUUCGCUAUUAAAAAGAGCUUCAUACUAUUCAACGUGCUUAUUUUUGUGACGUAUCCUGUGAAUUUUCAGUUGGUUUGAAGGAAAAGUUGGAUUCAUAAGCUGGAUUUCUGCAUUACUGUCUGAGUUAUAAUUUGCUGUGUUUGAAGUGAACUAAAGCAUGCAGGGUUAUCAUUUGACUUACCACUGGGAUCGCAGGUCACAGCAUUCUUUUUAUUGGACUAGUGGGCAAUUUCGUUCUCUAAAUAACCCCACUGUUAUUUCUUGGAACUUCUAUAUCAAUCGUGAUAGCUUUGACUUACUUCUGCAUAGAAGUGGCGAUUCUGAAAAUAUUACACUGAAAGGUUUUGUAGUAUUAAAAUGUAGAACAAAUAAAGAUCUUACACGGACUAUUACAGUUGACUGUAGUAUGGAAAUUGAUUGCGACUCAGUUACAGUUGCCUCAUUAUUUCCUAUGUACAAUGAUGUAUUGAAUUGUGAUAUAGAUUGUUUUAUAUAUGUUUCAAAGUGCAAAGAAUAUGAAACUAAAUCUGUACAAUGUGAUCCUGUAUUACUAGGAUUUGAUAGCCCACGGAAACUAUUUAAUCUAGAUGAGACCGGACAUCUGGACACGAAAACUUCCUCAAUCUUCUUAAAUGAUAUGCGGGCACUCUACGACAAGCAACAUCAUGCAGAUUUCGUUCUCUUCUGCGAUGACCGAGAAUUCCGAGCUCAUAAGUGUAUCCUUUCGGCUAGAUCUCCAGUAUUCGCCCAAAUGUUUCAAAAUGACACGAUUGAAAACACCGAGAACAAAAUCAUCGUCAAGGAUGUCGAUCCUUGCAUUUUGGAAAACUUGCUGCGUUUCAUAUACACCGGUCGGAUCAAACAGUACACUUAUGCAGAGGCCUGCGAUCUGUACUAUGCAAGUGAUAAAUAUGCAGUACUAGAUCUUCAAGACAUCUGCCGCGAAAUAAUUAUUUCCUCUCUUUCCACUUCGACUGUUUUUGAGGUGUUGGCUUUAGCCGAUAAGCAUACAGAUGAAAAACUGUUGAAUGAAGCUUUGACUUAUAUUGCUUCUGUGUUUCAGGAAAUUAAAUUAACCGAUGGAUGGACUGAUUUUCAGAAACAAAAUCUGGGUCUAGCAAAUCAGGUUUUGUCUUCUGUAGUUGAAGUAUAUUCUAAAUUAAUAAAUAAUGCAUAAGAUCUUAUGCAUUAAAUUUUACGAUGAAUAAAUAUCAAUUUUUUAAGAGAAGAUUUUUUUUUUCUUUCAUGGAUUACCUGAAGGAUGAAAAGAACAAACAUGGUGAAAAGUGUUUUUUCGGAUUUCUUCAGUUAUGAUAAAAGAUUACCUUUUUUUCACGUUACAUAAACGCCGCAUAAUGUGAUCGUGGUGAAUGUUAUCAUUCGAAUUACACGGAAAAUACAGAAACACGGAAAAUACAUCGUUUAUUGUGAUCAACAAUUCGGUCAAAGUAUCAUCGAAUAAAUUUUUGUGAACUGAAAUAUAAUAUCGAAUAAAUUUUGAUUCUUCCAAAAAUCUCAAAACUGAUUAUAAAAUUGCCAAGUCCCAGAGAAAUAUCAAGAUGCCUUCCAAAUAUGAAAAUUAGGGUAGCAUCGGUCCAAUAAUUUCCAGAAAUGUUAUUCAUAGUUCUUAAAUGAACUUCUGCGUUAAAAACCUUACGAACAGUUCAUAAGCAAACUUUUGUAUCUUCCUAAUUAAAAUGCUGUGAAAAUACCUAUUUAUAUGUGUUUAGUUACAAUAUUAACUUAGCUAAAUUCUAGUGCUAAUCUGAAGGAUAUUUUUUGUUAUUAUUUGAUAUUACCAUUCGUUUGAGGUAAUCAAAAUAGACAAACUGAUGACAUUCAGUGCCCCCUAAUAUAUAUCUUUUUGAAAUAUGAUUCAUUCUUGAUUGUUUCUAGGUUAUAUAAAGCGGAUGUAUUGUAUCGACCGAAAUAGUAAUUCCGUAUUAUCACUUAUACUGCAUUCUUUUAUUUAUGAUUAAAAAUAAUAUUGUAGCUUUUUUUAUAAAAAAAUAAUAAAAAAAACUACCAAUUUGGUUUAA